AUGCAGACUGGGGGAGCUACCCCAGCACCGCCAGUCGUAUGCGGAUUCAACGGUGGCGACCCUCACUUGGUGACGCUCGACGGCCUCGCGUACGACUGCCACGGGCGAGGCGAGUUCUUCCUCACCAAGGUCGAAUCUACCCAGGGCGAGGUGCAAGUUCGUUUCGAACCAUGGAGCCAAGACCCAAGUGGACCAUUUACUGUGACCACCGCCAUGGUAGCGCGUGAGGAGGGGUCUUCUGUGGUACAGGUUACGUUAGCGGCCUCUGGGUCCGCGCUCGAGAUCUUGGUGGAUGGUGAAACAUACGACGAGGCAGCUAACCCCGGCACCGGAGUCAUGCUCGAUGUAACAUCAUCUCAAGUGGAUAUGCUCUUCCUGUCGUGUAUGGAAAUCAGCGUGUCCUUCGCGAACGCAAUGUUAUCCGUAGAAGUGAACGUCCCUCGCCCUCUCGAAACGACGGGGCUUCUUGGAAACAACAAUGGAGACCCCGUAGACGACUGGAUGGUCUGUCUCGGCAUCGACCAGUGUGUCUUCGAUUUCGUGUUUGCCGGCGAGGCGGUGGGUAUGGCGACGCUGGCAGGACUACGGGCGUGCGGAGUUCCAGCAUGCGUGGUGCACGACCGAAACGGACGCAACGCUCGAAAAUGUGCACUGCACACCUCGGCCAACAAGGUUUCUGAGGUAUAA